CGGGAUGGGGCCGCAUCUCUCUGCUGUAGACGCCAUGAGCUCCCGGCACUUCCCCGCCCGGACCGUGCUCUUCGAGAAGGAGUCCAACGGCGUCACAUACCGCGUGCCCGCCCUGCUCUACCUGCCCUGCGUGGCCAAGCUGCUGGCCUUCGCAGAGGAGCGGCUGAGCGCCGACGAUGCCCACGCCAACCUGCUGGUGCUGCGCCGCGGCACCAUCUACGGGAGCUACGUGGAGUGGGAGGACAUGCGCGUGCUGGAGACAGCGACGCUGCAGCACCACCGGUCGAUGAACCCCUGCCCGCUCUAUGAUGAGUUCACUGGCACGCUCUUCCUUUUCUUCAUCACGGUGCUGGGCAGGACACCCGAAGCCUACCAGAUUGUCACCGGCCAAAAUGUCACCCGCCUCUGUUGUGUCACCAGCGUUGACCAGGGCCUGAGCUGGAGCACAGCCACAGACCUGACACAGCAGGUCAUUGGUGGGGCCAUCAAAGACUGGGCAACGUUUGCUCUGGGCCCUGGGCACGGGAUCCAACUGCGGUCUGGCCGGCUGCUGGUGCCUGCCUACAGCUACCACAUCGACUGCAAGGAGUGCUUCGGGCAGCUCUGCAAGACCACCCCGCACUCCUUUGCCUUCUACAGCGAUGACCACGGCCAGGAUUGGCGCUUCGGGGAGUUCAUCCCCAACCUGCAGAGCGGCGAGUGCCAGCUGGUCUCGGUGGACGAGGAGGACGGCUCCAACGUCCUCUACUGCAACGCCCGCAGCCCCCUGGGCUUCAGAGUCCAGGCACUUAGCACAGAUGAUGGUGCUGUCUUCCACGGGGGGCAGCUGGUCCAGCGGCUGGUCGAGCCCCCCCAUGGCUGUCAUGGCAGUGUCAUUGGCUUCCCCGCACCUUUCGUCUAUGUCCCUGCCACCCCCCAGGAGCCCGUGGUGCCCCUCCAGGGCUCAGCUCACCGGCUGCUCCCUGGGAUGCUCCCAGGGUUUCGGUACCUGCCCCCUCGACAGGCAGCAGGUGAUGGGCUGCCUGCCCUGGCCACCAGCAGCCACCAGCAGUCGGCCCAUCCUGAGAAGGGCUGUCCAACCCCAAGGCAUCACGUCCACACCCGUGGCAUCACCUCAGUCCAAGGGGACUCUGCAGCAACUCCCAGCCCUGCUGCCUUCUUCCAAGCGCCGACAUGGGUCCUCUACUCCCACCCUACCAGCUCCAUGUCACGGGUCAACAUGGGGGUCCACCUGAGCACCUUCCCCAGGGAUGUAGAGAGCUGGACUGAGCCCUGGGUCAUCUACGAGGGCCCAAGUGCUUACUCGGACCUGGCUUACAUGGAGCUGCCCUACAACGAGACCUCCAUCUCUGGUGGCCCAGCCAUCGCUUUCGCCUGCCUCUAUGAGAACGGGACACAGUCACCCUACGAGCAGAUCUCCUUCAGCAUGUUCACGUUGCACGAUGUGCUCCAGAACAUCCCCCUGACAGCCACUGCUUCCCGGCGGGAUGGUGGCCCCACACGUCGCAGGAAGUGGGGGCGAAGGAGCUGCCUUGUCUCCUAGUGCCCCCACCAGGUUGCCCACCCCCCCUUUGCCCCCCAGCGCCAGACCCCCAGGCGCCAAUCCAGAGACCAGGGCAUUGGGAUGCUCACAGGCCGGGGUCCUGCCACCGCCCUGCAUGGCCACAUCACACAGAAGGCACACGCUAUCAUCCCAAAACUGGGUUUUAUCUCAUUUUCAUUGCUAUUUUUUAAAUUAUAUAGUUAGUUGGGCAUGAAGUCUUGUACCACCAGCCCAGCACCAUCCUUCUUUCCAACCACAUGAGCUACCCCAUGAAAUACAUAAUGGGCAGCAACACAGCGAUGUGGGGAGGAGGCAGCCAGGGGCACAUCAUGUCACCUGUGUGUGCCAGGUGCUGCGCUGGGGACUCUUGAGCUCCAGCUGGUACUACCACCCUGCUCCAAGGGUAUUCCUCCUAUGGUCAUAAUUAUUUAUGCUAUUUUUUUUUAAUUGCUUCUUUUUAAUGAUCCUGUUCAAGCCAAUUCCUCUUUUUCUCAGCGGUCUCUCAGAAACCUCUGUGCUGCUUUUGGCUGGGAUAGAGUUAAUUUUCUUCACAAUAGCUGGUAUGGGGCUAUGGUUUGGAUUUGUGCCGAAAAUAAGUGUUAAUAACCCCAGGGAUGUUUUAGUUACUGCCGAGCAGUGCUUACACAGAGUCAAGGCCUUUUCUGCCUCUCACCUCACCCCAGCAGUGAGUAGUCUGGGGGUGCCUAAGGAGUUGUGAGGGGACGGAGCUAGGACCCCAACUGACCAAAGGGAUAUUCCAGACCAUAAUGACAUCAUGCUCAGCAAUAAAACUAGGGGGGAGCCUGGCUGGGAUCCACUGCUCAGGGACUGGCUGGGCCUCGGGCAGUUGGUGGUGAGCAACUGUUUUCAUUUG